GUCGACCGCCUCUUUUUGCCAUUAAGAAGGCGACGUAUCGAGCUGACAGCGAACUGUUGGCACGUUUUUAAGUGAUUUAUUUCCCGUGUUUUUACUCCUUACGCUCCGAAUAAGUGUAUCCAAACAUGGCUCAGUUCGAUUUAACCGCGAAGAAUUGCCAGUUUUUCGACCGGCAUUUAACAUUUCCGCUUUUGGAGUUUCUGUGCGACAAAGGGAUCUACGAUAAAAGGGAGUUGCUGGAGUACAUUCUGGACACGGUCAACAAGACAAACAUGAUUGAUUACAUCAUGGACACGAGAAAGCGGCUCAAUUUGGGCGACGAAAUGCCAGAGGAGCUGGCCCACCGCAAGCAGAAAGUCUUGCAGACGUUGAAAGAGCUUCAGGCUGAGGUGGCACCGAUCAUGAAGGCCACGGAGAUGUGGAAGAACAGUGAGAGCGCGAAGGAUUCGAAAACGUUGCUGAAUAUUUUGCAGAAACAGUUCGACUUUAAGGCGGAGAAUGUGGAGAGCGCUUACAAGUUGGCCAAGUACUUGUACGAGUGCGGUAAUUACCAGGAUUCCGCCUCGUAUUUGUAUUUCUGCUUGCUCGUUAUGUCGCCGACUGAUAAGAACUACUUGAAUGUACUCUGGGGUAAAUUGGCUGCGGAAAUUCUAAUCUUGAACUGGAAUUCUGCCUUAGAAGACUUGGCUCGCCUACGUGAAUACAUCGACAACGCCAACUUCACAAACAUCCAAGCUCUCCAACAGAGGACCUGGUUGAUCCACUGGAGUGUGCUGGCAUUCUUCAAUCAUCCAAAAGGUCGCGACCUCAUCAUUGAAAUGUUUCUGUACAAACCUCUUUACUUGAAUGCCAUUCAAACAAUGUGCCCACACAUCCUUCGCUAUUUGGCCACCGCCGUUAUCAUCAACCGGACCCGUCGCAACGCACUCAAGGAUCUGAUCAAAGUCAUUCAACAGGAAUCGUACACAUACCGUGACCCGAUCACCGAAUUCCUGGAAUGCUUGUACGUGAAUUUCGACUUCGAUGGUGCCCGAAUGAAACUCCAUGAAUGCCAGACAGUGAUCAUCAACGAUUUCUUCAUUGUGGCGUGUAUUAACGAAUUUGUAGAGAAUGCUCGUUUGAUGAUUUUCGAAACAUUCUGUCGCAUUCAUCAAUGCAUCACCAUCAGCAUGUUGGCGGACAAAUUGAAUAUGAAACCGAACGAGGCGGAGUGCUGGAUUGUGAAUUUGAUUCGAAAUGCAAGAUUAGAUGCAAAAAUUGACUCCAAGUUGGGUCAUGUCGUCAUGGGCACUCAGCCGUUGAGCCCCUAUCAACAACUUGUUGAGAAAAUUGAUUCUCUCUCCGUGAGGUCUGAUGCGCUUACUGGUCUAGUUGAACGAAAACAUAAAGCUAAAAAUUCCGAAUCUAUUGACGCUUGGAAGUAUUAUUAAGUAAAUUGUUUUUUGAGGUUUUUAUUUUCAGUUUUUGUAUUGAAAGGAAGAAUAAUAAUUUGAACACCUAUUACAGACCGAGACAAAGCGCAUACAGAUUGUAAUUUUUGUAAUACUAACCUAUGGAAAUUUUUAUUGUAAAUUUUCUAGGAAUAAAUUAUCCGGAAACGGCAUA